UUUUUUUUUUUUCCGCCGAAGCUGAGCGGGUGCUGCUAGCGGAGGCGCCAUAUUGGAAGGGACAAAACUCCGGCGACAGCGAGUGACACAAAUAAACCCCUGGACCCCCUCGUUCCCCCAGCUCUAAGGGCCGCGAUGUUGUACCUAGAGGACUAUCUGGAAAUGAUUGAGCAGCUUCCAAUGGACCUGCGGGACCGCUUCACGGAGAUGCGCGAGAUGGACCUGCAGGUGCAGAAUGCAAUGGAUCAACUAGAACAAAGAGUCAGUGAAUUCUUUAUGAAUGCAAAGAAAAAUAAACCGGAGUGGAGAGAAGAACAAAUGGCAUCCAUCAAAAAAGAUUACUAUAAAGCUUUGGAAGAUGCAGAUGAGAAGGUACAAUUGGCAAAUCAGAUAUAUGACUUGGUAGAUCGACACUUGAGAAAGCUGGAUCAGGAACUGGCUAAGUUUAAAAUGGAGCUGGAAGCUGAUAAUGCUGGAAUUACAGAAAUAUUAGAGAGGCGAUCUUUGGAAUUAGAUACUCCUUCACAGCCAGUGAACAAUCAUCAUGCUCAUUCACAUACUCCAGUGGAAAAAAGGAAAUAUAAUCCGACUUCUCACCAUGCAACAACAGAUCAUAUUCCUGAAAAGAAGUUUAAAUCUGAAGCUCUUCUAUCUACGCUUACAUCAGAUGCCUCUAAGGAAAAUACACUAGGGUGUCGAAAUAAUAAUUCUACAGCCUCUUCCAACAAUGCUUACAAUGUGAAUUCCUCCCAACCUCUGGCAUCCUACAAUAUUGGUUCAUUAUCUUCAGGAACCGGUGCAGGGGCGAUUACCAUGGCUGCAGCUCAAGCAGUUCAAGCCACAGCUCAGAUGAAAGAGGGACGAAGAACAUCAAGUCUAAAAGCCAGUUAUGAAGCAUUUAAGAAUAAUGACUUUCAGCUGGGGAAAGAAUUUUCAAUGCCCAGAGAAACAGCUGGCUAUUCAUCAUCUUCAGCACUCAUGACUACAUUAACACAGAACACCAGUUCAUCGGCAGCUGACUCACGGAGUGGGAGAAAGAGCAAAAACAACAACAAAUCUUCAAGUCAGCAGUCCUCGUCUUCCUCCUCCUCCUCUUCCUUGUCGUCAUGUUCUUCUUCAUCAACCGUUGUACAAGAAAUCUCUCAACAAACAACGGUAGUACCAGAGUCUGAUUCAAACAGUCAAGUUGAUUGGACUUAUGACCCAAAUGAACCACGAUAUUGCAUUUGCAAUCAGGUAUCCUAUGGCGAGAUGGUGGGCUGUGAUAACCAAGAUUGCCCAAUAGAAUGGUUCCAUUAUGGAUGUGUUGGGUUGACAGAAGCACCAAAAGGAAAAUGGUACUGUCCACAGUGCACUGCUGCAAUGAAGAGAAGAGGCAGUCGACACAAAUAAAGGUGGUAGUUUCAUUUGAGGAAGAAAAAACUUCAACUAAACAUUUUAUAUAGGACUUGAAAAAAGAAGAAAGAGAAAGAAGACACAAUGCAUUUCCAGGCAACCACUUCAAGGAUUUACAUAGACAAUCCUGUAAGAUCCUGAACUUGAAUUUUAUGGGUUGUAUUUUAAUAAUGUAAGUAAAUUAUUUAUGCACUCCUGGUGUGCUACGAAUAUUAUUCCAGUUAGCCUUGGAUUAUUUCAGUGGCCAACAUAUGCAGACAUUUGUACUCCUCAACCAUUUUCUCAAAGUAAUGGGCAUUCUAUAAUUUAGACUUCUGAGAAUUCCAACGAUGAAGAUUUUAAGAAAAGUAUUUUAUAUUCAACAGGUAUGUUCUGCUGCAUGUACUGUACUCCAGAGCUGUUAUGUAACACUGUAUAUAAAUGGUUGCAAAAAAAAAAAAAGUCAGUACUUCUAAAAAGAAUUUAAGAUAAUGGUUUUUCAAAUGCCUUUAUAAUAAGCUUUGUUUCUUUGUGAAACUAAAUUCAGCAGGCUGAAGGAAAUGGUUCAUGUGAUAAAGUGGGCUGGUGUCCUCUAGAGUACCUGGGUACAUAAACAGAAACUCCUGUAGGUAAAAACGAAUCUGUGCCAUUAGUCUUUAUAUGUUUCUGCAUCUGGAUAGAGUGCAGUUCAUGGGGGGAGGGGGAGGGGCCGAAAGGGAAAGGGUGUUAAAGUGAUACAUUUUUAUACCAAAUGUGUUUAUUUUUUUGUGCAAGUAAUCCUUAAAAUUGGAAUUGUAUUAGGUGUUAAAAUAAAGUUUUUAAAAAAUUA